AUGGCACGGAGGGAGGGCGAGAAGCCACGGUACCGGGCACAGGCUGGAGCCCCCUUCUGCAACAGGCUGCAGCCGGGCGGGCCCCGCGCCUCCUCCCGUCUGCGAAAGGGGGUCGGAGCUGGUGCGGCAAACACUGAGCGCGGCGGGGCCGUACGAGUCCCGGGUGGGCUCCGGGAGAGCCGCCACUGCACGGCCCGACCCCGGUCCUUCUGCUCCCUCCUUCGGUCCCCCCGGCCCCAGAUGGGGAUAGACAUUGCCAGGUACAGACAAGAGGAUGGCAGCCCCCUUUCCCGAAGCCCCCCGACCUUUCCCAGCCUCUGGGGCAGCGCCUCCCCCUGCCCCGCACCCAGCGGGUGGGCACGGGCCGCUCAGCCCCCCGAGCGGAGAGGGGCUGCCCCUGCCCGGUCGGUCACACCUCACCCUUCCCCACGCAGAGCCCUCGCCAGGUGCCGGGCGACGGCUCUCCACUGCCGGAGUCCGGCGCGUGGGCAAUGGCGUCCGCUCCACGCUGUUGCCCACGGGCGCUCGCGCUCGCCCCAGCGCCACCAGAGGCAACUUUUUGAGAGGUGCGCAGCCAGCCCCCGGCAGCUCCCUCCAGAGCAGCACCCACGGGCAAGCCCGCAACCACUGGCCGGAGCCGGGCUACAGCUUCAUCCGGCCCGUCGGACCCACGCGUGGGCAGACCCCCGUCCCCGCAGUCGGCACUCACAAGGAACGUGUCCCUAUCCGAAGGGCCGCCCCAAGCCCGCCUUCGUACCUACCCAUGGCUCACCUCACCUCUGCGGACACAAACACGCAGUCCCCGCUCGGGACGAAGCCCACGAUCACAACCUUACCCCGCGCCGCCAGCCCGCCGUACCUGCCUGCGCUACCGCUUGCCGCCGCCACACGUCCUUUAACCCCGCUCCGCGCCCACAGUAUUUAGUUGCCUGGCAGACGUACAUCGCCCGCCUCGGCGCUCAGGCCCGGCUCGGACUGGCCCGGGGCGGGGCCGCGUCCGGGGGCGGCCCCCAGGAAAGCAGCGCGGCGGCGGACGCCAUUGGCGGCGGCGGCGGCCUCGGGGCCACGGCCCGUGCCCGCGAGCCGGCCCGGCGUUGGCGGCUGCGCCUGCUGUGCCAGCGCUACCAGGAGUACGUGAGGCGGCACCCGGCCGCCACGGCCCAGCUGGAGGGCACCGUGCGGGGACUCUCCUACCUGCUGCCAGGUCGCUUCUCGGACUCGCACGCGCUGUCGGAGCUGGUGUACUCUGCCUCCAACCUUUUAGUGCUGUUAAAUGACUGGAUUCUCCGAAAGGACCUGCAGCAAAGCCUGCCCGUGUCACUGCCCCAGCAGAAGCUGCUGACCUGGCUGAGUGUGCUAGAAUGCGUGGAGGUCUUUGCAGAGAUGGGGACAGCCAGGGUGUGGGGGGAGAUGGGCCGGUGGACCAUCAUUGUCCUCAUCCAGCUGGCUAAAGCCAUCCUUCGUCUCCUGCUCCUGCUGUGGUACAAAGCUGGCAUCCAGAUGUCUCCUCCCAUCGUGCCACUGAACAGGGAGCAGCAGCAGCCUCUCCACCCUCAAGACACAGAAGACAACUCUUCAGGGAAGGAUCAGACCUAUGUUGGCAGGCGUUCCAGCCGUGUUGUGCGCUCUCUCCAGAGCACCCCAUCCCUGCAGUCCCGACACUGGGGGUCCCCCCAGCAGAGGGAGGAGUCACAGAGCAAAAGAGCGGAGGAGAUGAACCAGCCACCCACGCCUCUGGGUCUCCAAGAAACCAUCGCAGAAUCCCUCUACAUUACCCGCCCUCUGCUCCACCUAUUGAGUUUAGGAGUGUGGGGCCAGAGAUCAUGGAAGCCCUGGCUCCUCUCAGCAGUCCUGGACAUCUCAAGUCUGAGCUUGCUGAGUGAUCUGAAAGACCUGAACAGGCGAGAGCGAGCGGAGCUGAGGCGACGAACCAUCCUACUGCUGUACUACCUGCUGAGAUCUCCUUUCUAUGACCGAUACUCAGAGGGCAGGAUCCUUCUCCUUCUGCGCUUGUUGGCUGAUUACGUGCCUGGAGUUGGCUUCGUCACACGGCCACUGAUGGAUUACUUGCCUGCUUGGCAGAAAAUCUAUUUCUAUAACUGGGGCUGAUGAGAAGAUGAUUAUUCUCUGCUAAGAUCAUGGCUGGACCUUUCUAAGGAGGGCAAGCAGGCUGGGGGGAGGGAUGUUGAUAAUGUCUAAUUCUCAGUUAAACCAUCAAUGAGAAGCUCCUGUUCUGCAGGGUGGGGAGAGGGGGUGUAUGUGAUUUUUUUUAACGGAUCUAGCUGUGAAUGAUGGACACUACAUGUGUGCAGAGACUCUGGCCACCUAUUUCUUGGACCGUUCUGUGGCUACAGUGAUGGUGAUGGGGCAAUCUCUUUUUUAAGCACUUGUUUUUUCUCUUUUUGUACAGCUGUGCUAUAAUAAAGCCAGGCAGCAUAGUGGGUUUUUGGAGAGCAUUGUCUCAUAUGUCAAGGCGCUGCGGUUGAACCUGCAACCUGCUUGUGUUGGCUGUGCUUGGCCGAUCUGCUUGGAGUGGACUUGUCUGUCAAAUAAACUGACCGAUGGGAGAGAACUGA